CUCAGCCCGAUCGCACGUGAGGGGUCCUGGGACUAAGCGUGCUGCCCGAGUGCGAGUGGUGCAGGCCGGGUCCCGGAGCGGGAAAAACACGGAGGAGAAGAGAGUUGGGGAGGGGAGGAGAAGGAGGAGGAGGAGGAGGAGGAGGAGGGGGUGGGUACAGCAGCCGCGGGUUGUUUAUCUGGAGUACGGAGGGAGGGGGGGGCCUGGAAACUGCCCCGUGUCCCAUUUCCUCCUCUUGUUUUCGCUCCGGAUUCUCCAUGUUGGACCCCAACUGAGGAGCCCGGAGCUGCUGCCGGGGGAUCCGGGCUGGGGGGACCUGGGGGGGGUGGGGGGGAGCCGCUGCCCGGCCAGCCGGCCCUCCUUGCAGGCCGCCUCCCUUCUCUGCCUUGGGGAGGGGGACGGAGGGGGAUGUGAACAGCCCAAGGAGCCGCCUCCCCCGCUACCACCGCCGCCGCCGCCGCAGCAGCAGCAGCAGCCCCAGAGCCGGCCCCCGCCCAGGCCCCCUAUCCCCGCCUGCCCGCCCACCCAUCACCCAUCCCGGGCCCACGGGGUUGUUAGAUGGAACACGGCUCCAUCAUCACCCAGGCGCGGAGGGAAGACGCCCUGGUGCUCACCAAGCAAGGUCUGGUCUCCAAGUCCUCUCCCAAGAAGCCUCGUGGACGUAACAUCUUUAAAGCCCUUUUCUGUUGCUUCAGUUCCCAACAUGUUGGUCAGUCAAGCUGCAGCAGUGAGCUUGUCUCAUACAAGGAGGAAACCAACACCAUUGCCAAGUCCGAUCUGCUCCAGUGUCUUCAGUACCAGUUUUACCAGAUCCCAGGAACAUGCCUGCUUCCAGAGGUAACGCAAGAAGAUCAAGGAAGAAUUUGCGUGGUCAUUGACUUGGAUGAGACCCUCGUGCAUAGUUCCUUUAAGCCAAUCAACAAUGCUGACUUUAUAGUGCCUGUGGAGAUUGAGGGAACAACACACCAGGUGUAUGUGCUUAAGAGGCCUUAUGUGGAUGAGUUCCUGAGGCGAAUGGGGGAAUUGUUUGAGUGUGUCCUCUUCACUGCCAGCCUUGCCAAGUAUGCUGACCCUGUGACCGAUCUCUUGGACCAGUGUGGUGUGUUCCGGGCCCGCCUCUUCCGGGAGUCUUGCGUGUUCCACCAGGGCUGCUAUGUCAAGGACCUCAGCCGAUUAGGGAGAGAUCUGAGAAAAACCCUGAUAUUAGACAAUUCUCCUGCCUCAUACAUCUUCCACCCAGAAAAUGCAGUGCCUGUGCAAUCCUGGUUUGACGACAUGGCAGACACAGAGCUGCUGAAUUUGAUCCCCAUCUUUGAGGAGCUAAGUGAAGCAGAAGAUGUCUAUACCAGCCUUGGACAGCUGAGGGCACCAUAGCUUCUCAAGCUCCCCAGAGUCUAGGACUGCAGGGGACUGUGACACACUGUGCCUUCGCUAUCAGCCAGGAAGGGAUGGCGGAAACAGGAAGCAGGGAGAAACAGUUGUAAAGUGAGUUAGGGCAGGUUAGAUGACAAUAUGGGCAAACAGCAGACCGCUGACAACUAGUACCCCCUGCUCCAUGAACUGGGCACUAGAGAGACACACUAAUGAGCAUGUAUAUGUGUGUAUGUGUACGACACCGACACCUUCUCGCCUUGAUACGAUGAUUCAGGUUGGGGAAGAGUCGAACGAUCAAGGCUCAAAUUCCCCUGAGCCAGAGCUCAUCUCCCUAGAGAAUCAAUCCAAGAGCCAUUGACCUCUCAUGGGAACAAAGACCAUUCAGUGCUCUAUUGCCAAACCUUGAGUCUUCCUAGUAUGCAUGGCCUGUGCCAAGGAGGUGGGGAUAUGCUGCUCUCAGCAUAAUAUGCAGGCAAACUGGCACCAGAUCCAAAUGCACACUAUUGAAAAACUUUGCUCGGGACCUGUGGUGAGCUUGGGAAAAAAUGGUUUCUAAAACAUCCUAUGAGCCUAUACCUUGGCCUCACAGACAUGGCCAUGAGCAUCAGGUUCAAGGGGCCACUACUGCCAAGAGCUCCUGCCUGUCCUACUAGCCUGGGACUUGGGGGGCCCUUUCCCUCUACUUCACAUCCCAAUUACAUUUCUGAAACCACGGGCAAGCUAUCUCCCCUAUGCUCAAAGGAGGACAGAGAAUUGAUUUCAUUUGAUGAGCCUCUGUUUUAAAGUUUUUCCUUCUAAAAAUUGGGAGAUGAGAGUCAGAAGCUUAUUCCUAGUCCUCAAGAGGAAUUUUGAAAGCCAGAAUCUCUAUUACUCUUGAGUCAUGGAUCAGAUUAUAGAUCUUGAGAGAAGUCUAGAGAAUGAUUUUUUUCAGGGAUCUUUCUUCAAAAGAACAGGAAGGAGCAAUUAUAAUGCCAUGGAAACUCUUUGAAUUUCUUGAGCAGAAUCCUUUCCCAUUUCAUCUUUCAAGCAGUUGAAUUUGGGAAGGGAUAGGAUGGUGAGGCCUUUGCAUGGGCAGCCUCAAGGACACACCUGUGUCCUAUAGAUGGGAAAUAAAUAGCAAGAACCAACAAUUGGUUCUCUUUGUUGUGGUGCGCUGGCUUCCUGCAAAUGCUGUAGUAACAGAAAAGGAAGGGAGGCCAGGGCAUGCUCAGGUGUGAGGUUUCAAAAUCAGUAUGCACUUCAGAAUCUGCAUGAUGUCAGGGACUCUUUUAAAAAAGCAUUCAUUCUUAGUAAGUUACAUGAACAAAAUAGAUUUUUUUUUCUAAGUUUGGAGAGCUCUGAUAUAAUGGGAAGCACUUUUGGGAUUUCAUAAGGUAAACCCCAAGUAAGCAGCACUGUCUUGUAAUCACGUUCUGCUAUAGCCUUGGCUUCUGCCGGAAUGGGUGUGGUGUGGAACCUAAAGGAAGAUCACCUAAGAGGUAAUUAGGAGCCAAAUUCCCUACCUUUCCCUGAAGAAACUCCACACUGCUUCAGGUACAGUACACUUAAAACUUAGGAUUCUUCCCCCUGACAUUCUUUUUGACUUUGAAAUGCUUUCUUGGAGGAGGGGGUGGGGAGAGUUUCAAGAAAUGGCCAACUGGAUGAGAAGAUCAAGGGGAGAGCAGCUUUUUGUAUUUUCGUGUGCAUUACAGUUAUAAUACCCCUUUAUCCUAAUCUUUGGUGCCAAUUCUAAGUCCCUCCAUGGUUGUUGUCAGGUUUCCUUCUUUUCUCCUUGAUUUUAUACCAAGAUGGUGCCAUGGGACCCAAAAGCUAUGUAGAUAUAGAGCAGAAUUUCCCCAGAGUCCUUUUUCUCUUUGUGGCAGCAUUUCCUAAGACUGAUUCUGAGAGUAUAAAUGGAGGGUGAGUCUGGAUGCUGACAGAAACCUUUGAAACAACAACCAAAAAAAAACAAUCCCUUAUUAUCAAUCCCAUACUUAAUGCCAAAUUCCAAGGCCAGCUAUCACAGAGGUAGAGGAAAGGGAGUAGAUUUUGAACUUAAUCCUCCUUACCUCCAGGCUAUUAACUACUAGCUUCUCAAGGUUGAGUGAGCAAUAGUGAAAACGUUCCUGACAUCUGGUCCAAGCCCACCUGUUUUUGCCAUUAGGAGUUUUGAAACAUCAAACUCCUGCAGCAUACAUGAGCAAUAAUGAAAGAUGGCUGUGCUGAAAGACAUUCCUUACCCUCUAUAUUGGUCCCCCUUUGUGCCACCAAGGCACUUGCUGCCCUAAGUGUGGUUCAAAAGAAGGCAGAGGAGGAAGGGUAUUGCUGACAUUUCUAUGUUACCUCUUCUCAGAUGCCCUUUAAGUGUCCUAUGACAAACAUCCAUGGUUCCUGGCCCACUGGCAUGUACACUCAUUGUCUUUCGUAGGAAGCCCUAUGUAGUUGGCAUCCCUGCACUACAGCUAUUAAUUUUUACUCAGCUGUACAUAGGUUAUGCAUCCUGGCCCCUCUGUCUGGUUUUCAUGGUCUCCCAGUUGAAGCAUGUUCCCUUAGAGAACUCGCACUCAUUCACCCCAGCCAGAUUUGAACAGGAUCUCGUGCCAGCCUGGAUCAGCCAAAAGUAGUUUGAAACAGUGGUUUGGGUAGUGAUGUGUCAAAGGUUGGCAGGUUUUUCGAACCCUGCUCUCAAGAAGAUUUACUACUAAAGUAAUGACUUAAAUUUACUCUUGGAAUGAGCCAGGGCUAGGGGAAAAAGUGUGUUCUUUCCCUGGUGGGUCCUAUUGGAUACACUCUUUACUCCCAUUCCUACUUUAAAGAGGUCAAGAGUCCUUAAGCAAAUGGAGGUCUUCUCAACAAAGGGUGACCAGAAUUUUUUACCUCAACUGGCUGUGAGCAGAGCUCAGCCAGGGUGCCCCAUUUAAACUAGGUCUCAGCUAAAGAGCUAAUGCUUCAUUAGAGAGAUCAUCCUAAACAUAGACAAACCAUUCCAGGAAUACACCCUUCUGCCAAAUUUCGUUCUUUUAGUUGCCUCUUCAGUGACACAGUAGUUGUCUCUGAUUGGGCUUCUCUUUGGAAAGAGCCUGAUGUUCACAUCCCUCUCAUAGGGGGAAGCUUUAAACAAAAGGCCAGUUUGGGAGAGGGUCAGGGUUAAGCAUCUCAACUCUGCACAUUGUAGAGAAGAUGUUCUUCAGAGGCCUGUGAAUCCCAGGCUGGGGAGGCAAAGAGAGCAGUGUCCUGGACUUGAAAUAUUUUUAAGAAUUGGACCAUGAACUCAAAUGUUUAAUUGUUGAGUAAAUUUGCCUUAAGAAUUGUCUGGGACUUUUUGCUUCCUCCUGCCUCCCAAAGAUGCUGACUAUUUUGUACACUUGUAAAUUUACCUUUACUGUUUUUAUAAGAACCCAGAAACUCUGGAUGUGCUAAUCAUGGAAAGUCUAAAAAAGUAGCCAGCCCUCUGCCCUGCCCCAAUGCCUUUUCUCCUGGGAACCCCUUGUGCCAUAUUCAAGAAUUUUCUACACCCAAGCCAUGGGUAGAGCAUCUCCCUUCCUAUCGAACCAGUAAGGUUUGGGGAAAUCAAACACUAGGUACCAUUAUACAAUUCCCACUGCCUCGAGGGUAUCUGGGAAUAAAGGGAACCCAGGGAGUUGGCUGGUUUGUUUCUGCAGAAUCUUACACUAUCAUUGUAGAGUUCAUUCAUGACUUGGUUUCUUCUGCAGAACAGAGUUCUUAAAAAGCAGUUGACCUCACUCAAACCUGGAUUCUGUUAGAGGUGCUGGUUGGCCAGUUCCCUUUUCUAAUGAAUCCAGACCUCUUUCCCUAGAGAGGAUACACCUUUCUCUUCCAACUUCAUAGGCAAGCUUUUUUGCUUAGAAGGACCCUAAGUGUGGAAGUUAAUCUUUUGCUACUUUUCCACUUAAGGGAAUGCUGGAUUUGGAGGGUAGAGGGAGAGAAAUGUACCCCAUAUCACCUGUGCUAUAGGAUUCUGACUACCCUGGUUACAGAUUAAUGGUUUCUUGGAGAAAUUUGUUUUAUUCCAAAACUUGAAAUGUUUGACGCCAUUAAGUGUCUGUUUAUAUUUUUGGAAUAUUUGUAUUACUUGCAAUUAAAUAAAAAGGUUUUUAAAAAAAAAAAAAAAAA